CCUCAGUAGGUUUAUAGUAACGCGUGGAGCUGAAGCGCGCUGUAACACGCUGCUGUAUGGCUGAGAGAAAAGCCUGAAGUUCCACACAGUACAGAGAAAGCGCUAGAAGGAAUAGACACCACACACAACAUUUGUUUGGUCAGACCUGCGACAGUGAAGCCGUGUCACCGGCCUCCACGUAUUCGACUACCUUUUCGUUCUUCUUCUAGGAUCUAGUGUUUACUGGCAGAAUCUGGGCAUAGGCUGGCACUGCUGAUGAGGGAUUUGGAGGAUGCCAUUACUUUGCAGAGGCAGAGAGACUGACGUUGGCCAGGGAAACAUGAGCGAGCGCUUCGAUUGUGACAACUGCAAAGAAUCCUUGUACGGAAGGAAGUACAUCCAGGCGGAGGAGAAUCCAUACUGCAUCCCUUGCUAUGACAGCCUGUUUGCCAACACCUGCGAUGAGUGCAAAGAGCUGAUAGGCCAUGACGCAAGGGAGCUGUUCUAUGAAGAUAGGCACUACCAUGAGCACUGCUUCCGUUGUUUCCGCUGCGACCGCUCACUGGCUGAUGAGCCCUUCACCAGCCAGGAUGACGCUCUGCUCUGCAACGACUGUUACUGCAACGAAUUCUCUUCCAAAUGUGUCGCCUGUGACAAGACUGUCAUGCCUGGUACUAGGAAGCUGGAGUAUGCCGGCAACACGUGGCACGAGGGCUGUUUCAUUUGCAGCAGCUGUAAGCAGCCUAUUGGCUCCAAGUCCUUCAUCCCAGAUAAGGAUGAUCACUACUGUGUGCCAUGCUAUGAAAACAAGUUUGCCCCUCGCUGCACUCGAUGCAAACAGGUCUUGGCCAAAGGGGGUGUGACCUACCGCGAUGAGCCAUGGCAUAAGGAGUGCUUUUUGUGUGCAGGCUGUAAAGUGCAGCUAGCUGGCCAGCACUUCACCUCCCGAGACGACCGCCCUUACUGUCUUAAGUGCUUUGGAAACCUCUACGCUAAGAAGUGUGAGGCCUGUAGCAAACCAAUCACAGGUUUUGGUGGAGGGAAGUACAUUUCAUUUGAGGAGCGGCAAUGGCACCAGUCUUGCUUCACCUGCACCCGGUGUUCUGUGUCGCUUGUAGGAGCUGGUUUCUUUCCUGAGAGGGAUGAGAUCCUGUGCCGUGAAUGCAACAGCAAUCUAUAGAGCCUUCAUUUACACUCUUCUCUUCAUUCUGCCAACUACACACACUCUCUCUCACACGCACACACACGCACGCACGCACAUGAUUACAGACUCAGAGUUUUCACAAAUACUGAUUGGCUCACAAAAGCUGUGUUGAUUACAAUAUCCCCGUUUGAUAUUAAGUCAGGGUUGUUUUCUUAAACACAUGUGUACACACACACACACACACACACACACAUUUUGUUAGAUGGCGCAACAUGUUUUUUCUUAUAAGUUUAUUUGUCUAAGAAGUUCCUUGUUUGCAAAAGAGCAAGUAUGCAAGAUCAUGCUUGUUAGAACUCAAUCUAUUGAGAAUUGUGCCUUAUUAGUUAGCAUUGCUCACCCUGUGUGCUUUCACUUUAUAUACACUUUAUGCCAUCAUUGUAGGUCUUUUUUUAACCUCAAAGCAGAGAAUGCAGGCUCAGCGUAGAGUGCUGUGUGUUUCACUCUGUAUUCAUCAAACUGCAGAUGUCUUAGCUGCACUGCUUACUUUUUUGGGAUGGAAAGCAGUCCAUCAUUUUUUCCAUUCAGCAACAGUAGUGCUUAAGCAAUGCUUUAGAUAAACCACCAGAGCUCUCUCAUCCUAGGACUACAAACAGGCGAUGUAGCAAUUAUUAUAAAGACAUAAUCCAUCCAUUCUUUAUUUGUCCUACUCCCUGACUGUUAAUGGAGAGUUAAUUAUGAGUAGUUAGGGUAUAUGAUUACAACCUAUAAAACACCUCAGACAGACAGAUUCCUCCAUAAACAUCAAAGUGCUCUGUGGCCUGCUAGAUAUGUUCUUUUCCCAAAAAAAGACUUGAUUUUGUUGUAUUGGACUAAAUUAUUGGCCAUGAGAACACACAUUUGGCAAGAAAUUGUAUCUGAAAUGUAUGAUCCAAGUCUGUUGAAGUUGAUAAAAAUGUUUGAGGUUUGUAGUAUUUAAGCACUUUUGAUGUGUUUCUUCAUCUGUUUUUGUUUCUAAGCAUAUUGUAUGUCAAAAUGCAUUAAUGGGUUAUUCCAAAAAAUGUGUCCAUGUAUAUAUCGCACCAAAAAGUGACUUUUACAAAAUAGGUGGGAAAUGAAGUGUGAUGUGUUUUACAGAAAUCAUUCAUGCAUUUGCACUAUGGCUUGAAUUAAGCAUAUCUUGUGCACAGACAGUAGUAGUAAUAAUAAUAAUAAUAAUAAUAAAUGAGAACACGCCACAUGCAUAUACUGCAUAUAAAUGGAAUACAGACCACUGCCUGAUUGCUGUUUCUCAAUUCUUUGUAUAAUCUUAGGUCUACUAUACACAUGCGCAAUACUUCUUUUUUUUUUUUUUCUUUUUUUUUUUUUUUCUUUAGUCUUUUAUAUGCUAUGGGAUUUUAUUUUUUUUUUCCUUAAAGAUUUAGCUUAGGUUCACAUUCAUUGAGUGACUGGGCAAGUCCCAUGAAAGUGUAUGUUGCAAUAUGAAUAUGUCAGCAGAAUGGUAUGCAUGCUGUUCGUUUUUUUUUUUUUUUUUUUUUUUUUUUUUCCUUUCCAGUCCAUUCAUUGCUUUGUUACUGAAGAUAAUAUUACUAAUUUCACCAUAAAAUAUUUCUAAAUGUAUGUAUUCACUUUGAGCUUUGAUGCUGGCUAGUCAGAGUUAGCUAAUGCUUUUUUAUUAUUAUUAUUGUUUAUAGAAAUAUGUAAUACAGACUUUUAGAUUGGAAACAUGGUUUAAAACAAGAUUCUGUCUGAUCUAGGUGUUGGUUAUUUGUUAAUAAAUAUUUUAUAAAUUAA